GGGCCGGACCGCGGGAGCUGGCGCAGCGGCGGCAGUGACGGCGAGGAUGUCUCAGCCGCCGCUGCUCCCUGCCUCGGCGGAGACUCGGAAGUUCACCCGGGCGCUGAGUAAGCCCGGCACGGCGGCCGAGCUGCGGCAGAGCGUGUCGGAGGUGGUGCGUGGCUCGGUGCUUCUGGCGAAGCCAAAGCUGAUUGAACCACUCGACUAUGAAAAUGUCAUCGUCCAGAAGAAGACACAGAUCCUGAAUGAUUGUUUAAGGGAGAUGCUGCUCUUCCCUUAUGAUGACUUUCAGACGGCCACUCUGAGAAGACAGGGGCGGUACAUGUGCUCCACGGUUCCCACAGACGCACAAGAGGAAGCUCAGAGCCUGUUUGUUACCGAGUGCAUCAAAACCUAUAACUCUGACUGGCAUCUUGUGAACUAUAAGUUUGAAGAUUACUCGGGAGAGUUUCGACAGCUUCCAAAUAAAGUGGCCAAGUUGGAUAAACUUCCAGUUCAUGUCUAUGAAGUUGAUGAGGAGGUUGACAAAGAUGAGGAUGCUGCCUCUCUUGGCUCUCAGAAGGGCGGGAUCACCAAGCACGGCUGGUUGUACAAAGGCAACAUGAACAGUGCGAUAAGCGUGACCAUGAGGUCAUUUAAAAGACGGUUUUUCCACCUGCUUCAACUUGGUGACGGAUCCUACAAUUUGAAUUUUUAUAAAGAUGAAAAGAUCUCCAAAGAACCCAAAGGAUCGAUAUUUCUGGAUUCCUGUAUGGGCGUGAUUCAGAACAACAAAGUCAGGCGGUUUGCGUUUGAGCUCAAGAUGCAGGACAAAAGCAGUUACCUUUUGGCAGCAGACAGUGAAGCAGAAAUGGAGGAAUGGAUCACAAUUCUAAACAAGAUUCUCCAGCUCAACUUUGAAGCUGCAAUGCAAGAAAAGCGAAAUGGAGACUCUCAUGAAGAUGAUGAACAAAGCAAAUUGGAAGGGUCUGGUUCUGGUUUAGAUAGCUACCUGCCUGAACUUGCCAAGAGUACCAGAGAAGCAGAAAUCAAACUGAAAAGUGAAAGCAGAGUUAAACUUUUUUACUUGGACCCAGAUGCCCAGAAGCUUGACUUCACAUCAGCUGAACCCGAAGUGAAGCCAUUUGAAGAGAAGUUUGGGAAGAGAAUUCUUGUCAAAUGCAAUGAUUUAUCUUUCAAUUUACAAUGCUGUGUUGCAGAAAAUGAAGAAGGACCCACCACAAAUGUAGAGCCCUUCUUUGUUACUCUGUCCCUGUUUGACAUAAAAUACAACCGAAAGAUUUCUGCCGAUUUCCACGUGGACCUGAACCAUUUCUCCGUGAGGCAGAUGCUGGCCCCCACGUGCCCGGCUGUGAUGAACGGUGGCAGGCAGAGCUCGCCUACCCUUCAGGACAUCCUUCAUGAAGCCUCCAUGCAGUAUCCGAAGCAGGGGAUAUUCUCAGUCACAUGUCCUCACCCUGAUAUAUUCCUCGUGGCUAGAAUUGAGAAAGUGCUCCAGGGCAGCAUCACGCACGGCGCCGAGCCAUACAUGAAAAGUUCAGACUCUUCCAAGGUUGCUCAGAAAGUGCUGAAGAAUGCCAAGCAGGCAUGCCAAAGACUAGGCCAGUACAGAAUGCCAUUUGCGUGGGCAGCAAGGACGUUGUUUAAGGAUGCAUCUGGAAACCUUGACAAAAAUGCCAGAUUCUCUGCUCUUUACAGGCAAGAUAGCAAUAAGCUCUCCAAUGAUGACAUGCUCAAGUUACUGGCAGACUUCCGGAAACCUGAGAAGAUGGCAAAGCUCCCAGUGAUUUUGGGCAAUCUAGACAUUACGAUCGAUAAUGUUUCCUCAGACUUUCCUAAUUAUGUCAAUUCAUCGUAUAUCCCCAUGAAGCAAUUUGAAACCUGUAGUAAAACUCCAGUGACAUUUGAAGUAGAGGAGUUUGUGCCCUGCAUACCCAAACACACUCAGCCUUACACCAUCUACAACAAUCACCUUUAUGUUUAUCCAAAGUACUUGAAAUACGACAGUCAAAAGUCUUUCGCCAAGGCCAGAAAUAUUGCUAUUUGCGUUGAAUUCAAAGAUUCAGAUGAGGAAGACUCUCAGCCUCUGAAGUGCAUUUAUGGCAGACCUGGCGGGCCCGUGUUCACAAGAAGUGCUUUUGCUGCAGUUUUACACCAUCACCAAAACCCCGAAUUUUAUGAUGAGAUUAAAAUAGAACUGCCUACCCAGCUGCACGAAAAGCACCACUUGCUGUUCACAUUCUUCCAUGUCAGCUGUGAUAAUUCAAGUAAAGGCAGCACAAAGAAGAGGGAUGUUGUCGAAACACAAGUUGGAUAUUCCUGGCUUCCCCUCCUGAAGGAUGGAAGAGUGGUAACCAGUGAACAGCAGGUUCCCGUCUCAGCCAAUCUCCCGUCUGGCUACCUUGGCUACCAGGAGCUUGGGAUGGGCCGGCAUUAUGGUCCGGAAAUUAAAUGGGUAGAUGGAAGCAAGCCACUGCUGAAAGUUUCAACUCAUCUGGUUUCCACAGUGUAUACUCAGGAUCAGCAUUUACAUAAUUUUUUCCAGUACUGCCAGAAAACUGAAUCUGGAGCCCAAGCCUUAGGGAGUGAACUUGUAAAAUAUCUUAAGAGCCUGCAUGCGAUGGAAGGUCACGUGAUGAUCGCUUUCUUGCCCACCAUCCUAAACCAGCUGUUCCGCGUCCUCACCAGAGCCACCCAGGAGGAAGUCGCCGUCAACGUGACACGGGUCAUUAUUCAUGUGGUUGCCCAGUGCCAUGAGGAAGGAUUGGAGAGCCACUUGAGGUCAUAUGUUAAGUAUGCUUACAAGGCUGAGCCGUACAUCGCCUCCGAAUACAAGACAGUGCACGAAGAGCUGACGAAAGCCAUGACCACGAUUCUCAAGCCCUCUGCUGACUUUCUCACCAGCAACAAACUACUCAAGUAUUCAUGGUUUUUCUUUGACGUUUUGAUAAAAUCCAUGGCUCAGCAUUUGAUAGAGAACUCCAAAGUUAAGUUAUUACGAAACCAGAGAUUUCCCGCAUCCUAUCAUCACGCUGUGGAAACUGUUGUGAAUAUGCUGAUGCCGCACAUAACUCAGAAAUUUCGAGAUAAUCCGGAGGCGUCUAAAAAUGCAAAUCACAGCCUUGCUGUGUUCAUCAAGAGAUGUUUCACCUUCAUGGACAGGGGGUUUGUCUUUAAGCAGAUCAACAACUACAUCAGCUGCUUUGCUCCUGGGGACCCGAAGACCCUCUUUGAAUACAAGUUUGAAUUUCUCCGUGUGGUGUGCAAUCACGAACAUUAUAUACCUUUGAAUUUACCGAUGCCAUUUGGGAAAGGCAGAAUUCAGAGAUACCAAGAUCUCCAGCUUGACUAUUCAUUAACAGACGAGUUCUGCAGAAACCACUUCUUGGUGGGACUGUUACUGAGGGAGGUGGGGACCGCCCUUCAGGAGUUUAGGGAGGUCCGGCUGAUUGCCAUCAGCGUGCUCAAGAACCUGCUGAUAAAGCAUUCUUUUGAUGACAGAUAUGCUUCGAGGAGUCAUCAAGCAAGGAUAGCCACUCUCUACCUGCCUCUGUUCGGUCUGCUGAUUGAGAAUGUCCAGCGGAUCAACGUGAGGGACGUGUCGCCCUUCCCCGUGAACCCCGGCAGUACCAUGAAGGAGGACUCGCUGCCAGCCACGAACCCGCUGGUGACGCCGCAGAAGCCUGGCCUCGUGCUGGACAACAGCCUGCACAAAGACCUCUUCGGAGCCAUCUCUGGCAUCGCUUCUCCAUAUACAACGUCAACUCCGAACAUCAAUAGUGUGAGAAAUGCUGAUUCAAGAGGAUCCCUCAUAAGCACAGAUUCGGGAAAUAGCCUUCCAGAAAGGAAUAGUGAGAAAAGCAAUUCCCUGGAUAAGCACCAACAAAGUGGCACUUUGGGAAAUUCUGUGGUUCGUUGUGACAAACUUGACCAGUCCGAGAUUAAGAGCCUGCUGAUGUGUUUCCUCUACAUCUUAAAAAGCAUGUCUGAUGAUGCUUUGUUUACAUAUUGGAACAAGGCUUCAACGUCUGAACUUAUGGAUUUUUUUACAAUAUCUGAAGUCUGCUUACACCAGUUCCAGUACAUGGGGAAGCGAUAUAUAGCCAGGAACCAGGAGGGGUUGGGACCCAUAGUUCAUGAUCGAAAAUCUCAGACAUUGCCUGUUUCCCGUAACAGAACAGGAAUGAUGCAUGCCAGAAUGCAGCAGCUGGGCAGCCUGGAUAACUCUCUCACUUUUAACCACAGCUAUGGCCACUCUGACGCAGAUGUUCUCCACCAGUCGCUGCUGGAAGCCAACAUCGCUACCGAGGUGUGCCUCACGGCCCUGGACACACUCUCUCUGUUUACACUGGCAUUUAAGAACCAGCUCCUGGCUGAUCACGGCCAUAAUCCUCUCAUGAAAAAGGUUUUCGAUGUCUACCUGUGCUUUCUUCAAAAACAUCAGUCUGAAACAGCUUUAAAAAAUGUCUUCACUGCCUUAAGGUCAUUCAUCUAUAAGUUCCCCUCAACGUUCUACGAAGGGAGGGCCGACAUGUGUGCCGCUCUGUGCUACGAGGUCCUCAAGUGCUGCAACUCGAAGCUGAGCUCCAUCAGAACGGAGGCCUCCCAGCUGCUGUACUUCCUCAUGAGGAACAACUUCGACUACACUGGAAAGAAGUCCUUCGUCCGCACACAUUUGCAGGUCAUUAUUUCCGUCAGUCAGCUGAUAGCAGAUGUUGUUGGGAUCGGGGGAACCAGAUUCCAGCAGUCCCUGUCCAUCAUCAACAACUGUGCCAACAGUGACAGGCUCAUCAAGCACACUACCUUCUCCUCGGAUGUGAAGGACUUGACCAAAAGGAUACGCACGGUUCUGAUGGCCACCGCCCAGAUGAAGGAGCACGAGAAUGACCCUGAGAUGCUGGUGGACCUUCAGUACAGUCUGGCCAAGUCCUACGCCAGCACUCCCGAGCUCAGGAAGACAUGGCUGGACAGCAUGGCCAGGAUCCAUGUCAAGAAUGGGGAUCUGUCUGAGGCGGCCAUGUGUUAUGUCCACGUCACAGCGCUGGUGGCAGAGUAUCUCACACGGAAAGAAGCAGACAUAGCCCUCCGUCCGGAGCUGCCCCUCUUCCCCUCCAGCCACAGCACCAGUCAGAGGAGGCGCCGGGGAGGCAUGUUUAGACAAGGAUGCACAGCGUUCAGGGUGAUCACCCCAAACAUAGAUGAGGAGGCCUCCAUGAUGGAAGACGUCGGGAUGCAGGAUGUCCAUUUCAACGAGGAUGUGCUCAUGGAGCUUCUAGAGCAAUGUGCAGAUGGACUCUGGAAGGCUGAACGCUAUGAGCUCAUCGCUGACAUCUAUAAACUCAUCAUCCCCAUUUACGAGAAACGAAGAGAUUUCGAGAGGCUGGCCCAUCUGUAUGACACACUACACCGGGCCUACAGCAAAGUGACCGAGGUCAUGCACUCAGGCCGCAGGCUCCUGGGGACAUACUUCCGAGUGGCCUUCUUUGGGCAGGGAUUCUUUGAAGAUGAAGAUGGAAAAGAGUAUAUUUACAAAGAACCCAAACUCACGCCUCUGUCAGAAAUUUCCCAGAGACUCCUUAAACUUUACUCAGAUAAAUUUGGUUCUGAAAAUGUCAAAAUGAUACAGGAUUCUGGCAAGGUCAACCCUAAGGAUCUGGAUUCCAAGUACGCAUACAUCCAGGUGACUCAUGUGAUUCCAUUCUUUGAUGAGAAAGAAUUGCAGGAAAGGAAGACGGAGUUUGAGAGAUCCCAUAACAUUCGCCGCUUCAUGUUCGAGAUGCCCUUCACUCAGACGGGGAAGAGGCAGGGCGGGGUGGAGGAGCAGUGCAAACGGCGCACCAUCCUGACAGCAAUACACUGCUUCCCUUACGUGAAGAAGAGGAUCCCCGUCAUGUACCAGCACCACACCGACCUGAACCCCAUCGAAGUGGCCAUUGACGAGAUGAGCAAGAAGGUGGCCGAGUUCCGGCAGCUGUGCUCCUCAGCUGAGGUGGACAUGAUCAAAUUGCAGCUCAAACUGCAGGGCAGCGUGAGCGUUCAGGUCAACGCAGGCCCACUAGCAUAUGCCCGAGCUUUCUUAGAUGACACAAACACAAAAAGAUACCCAGACAACAAAGUAAAGCUGCUUAAAGAAGUUUUCAGGCAAUUUGUGGAAGCUUGUGGUCAAGCCUUAGCAAUAAAUGAGCGUCUGAUCAAAGAAGACCAGUUAGAGUACCAGGAAGAAAUGAAGGCCAACUACAGGGAGAUGGCAAAAGAGCUUUCUGAAAUCAUGCAUGAGCAGAUGGGAUGGUAAUGUCAUUUUUCAAUUCUAUUUUUCGGAACCUCAGUAGACUGCCUUACAUAAAGUUAGGACUGUGUUUGAACAACUGUAGACGUUGGCAUAAGGACAGUGUGUGUGCAAAAGGAGCCACCCUCUUCUGGACCUUUAGGAAAGUAGAAAAAAAUGGAAAUGAUGAAAGAAAGAAAUGUAUGAAUAAUUAAGCAGAAAGGGAUGGUCUCGUGGAAGCAAGUGUUUGGAGAAAGCUCGGGGUCUUUUCCACAGAGCUUGCAGGUUCCUGUGUAACGGAGUUUGAUCAGUCGGUGUCAGCGUUUGGCACCAGAAGAGAUGAAAGUAGGAAAAACAUACGGACUGAUAAUGUGGACGUAAACUCCCAUGUUAUUUGGACAUUUAACACAGGGCUGUACUCUAAGAAACUGCACCUUGAACUUUCCAUUAUCUCAACAACUAGGAAGAGUAUACUCUUUUGAACCCUCAAGCAAAAAAGGGUUAUGACCUGGAGUAGACUUGCUUUGGGAUUUUCCAGGGGAGCCUCUGAACAUUUAUGUUCUUCUCAGUUGCCGCCUGGCGGUAGGUCAAGUCUUGCCCUUAGAAUUCUCCCCUGCAUUACCGAAUGUGAAGAGAGACUUGUUCCGGGUCAGACGGGCAGCUGCUCACUCCUUCCCAGGAUGGAAGUCCAUAAAGCCCUGAGAAAAGGAACCAGUAGAGAAACAGAUGCUCAGGAUUCAUUUUUUAAAAAGACUUUUCCAAGGGACAGGACUAGGUCGUGUCCCUGCCAAGUAUGUGUAAGACAGGCUUCACUGCCUUAUAAUCUGCCGAGUCAAGAAGGUGAGUCUAGAAGGCUCCAUUCACUGAUUUGUAAAGGAAACAAAACCUGUCGUGCUUGACUUUCUCUGUGUGAUCCUGAUCUGACAAAGGCCAUUUGCUAGUUGAGCUGACACAGUGCCUCCACAAAGCGCCAUCAUUCAGGGGAGCAGUGACCAUCAGGGAAUGAAUAAAUGUUGUCAUUGAGAAAUGUCGUUAGGGGCAUGACACCUGGGUAAUGUUGUGUUUCUAUG